CGUUGUAGACGCUUGCAGCUACUUGAAGUACAGACUCGCGGAGAGAACCGAGCAUCCCGCAAUUCACGCGCACAGCAUUUCAAUCCGGACCCGCAGGGCUCGAGCCGCAGCUGUUCUCUGCUCUUGUGCGGGUUCCACGGCGACCCAUGAGAACUUUCAUUUGACUCCAUCGUUUCAUUUUAUUUUCAUUCACUAGUCAUUCUUAUUUUUUGUUUCAUCUAAUAGGCUGCAAUUAAUUCAUUUUUACUCAUCUUUUCCAAACUGCCUCAUUCGUUUUUUUGGGGGGGAACUCACCUAAUUUGCCUGCCUGAACGGAAUACCUCGCAUUUGGAAUUGGUGACUUUACCUGCUUGCCUUUUUUAUCCACACCGGGGGGAUUUAACUUCCAUGUCUCCACGGACAUCCAGCACUUCGGCGGCGACUACACGGGUCGCCUUCCGGUGAGGAAUGUACGUGCUCCCCUCCACUCAGUCGUAUAUUUUACCGAAUGAGAGACUGCCUGCUGUCCGCGGUGCUGCUUUCCCUCAUCUCGAGCAGGACUAAUAGGGGAGUAGCUCUUCCCAUCGGGAUGUUUCACUUCUAAUCGGGCUCCUAUUUAGCUUCUUUUUUUUCUUUUACUUUUUUUUCCUGGUUAUUGAGUUUGGAUUUUCACAAACAGCACUCCCACAAGACGCUUUCUAUAUUUUUCAAAUUAUAAAUUCCCGCGAAACGGAUUUUGACCGUAACGGUCGUAACGGACCAUGGGCGACUCUCUGUGGAGAUAUUAUUUUGGAUUUUUAGUCAUCGCGUGCAAGGUGAACCUGUCCCGCGCGCUCAUCCUGGACUCCAUAUACUGGAACACGACGAAUACCAAGUUCGUGCCAGGACAGGGUCUGGUGCUCUAUCCACAGAUCGGGGAUAAGAUGGACAUAGUUUGCCCACGCGUGGAGGGCGGCUCUAUGGAAGGAGUGGAGUAUUAUAAACUCUAUAUGGUUCCUCUGGAACAACUAAAGUCCUGUCAGGUCACAAAGGCAGACACACCUCUACUUAACUGUGUCAAACCGGACCAGGACGUCAAAUUCACCCUCAAAUUCCAGGAGUUCAGCCCAAACCUGUGGGGCCUGGAGUUCUUCAGGGGGAAAGACUACUACAUUAUAUCUACAUCUAAUGGAACGAUGGAAGGGCUGGAUAAUCAGGAAGGAGGGGUGUGUAAAACCAAGUCGAUGAAAAUCAUCAUGAAGGUUGGACAAAACCCCUCCGAUCCCAUUUCCCCCAAAGAAUACCCCACCAGUUACACUCCCAAACACCCCGACGAAGUGGGCAAGGAGACCAAAUCGAAUGAAGUACUUGAAAAGCCUGAUGCAUCGCAACAAGGAGAAGAGAAGGGAGAUGGAAAUAAAUCAUCCUCAGUCAUUGGCUCAGAGGUUGCCCUGUUCGCCUGCAUCGCUUCAGCCAGCGUAAUUGUCAUUAUCAUCAUCAUCAUGCUAGUAUUCCUCCUGCUGAAGUAUCGACGACGCCAUCGCAAACACUCGCCUCAGCAUGCCACCACGCUGUCACUCAGUACAUUAGCCACGCCCAAGAGGGGUGGCAGCGGAGGCAACAACAACGGCUCAGAGCCGAGUGACAUCAUCAUCCCGCUUCGGACUGCUGACAGUGUCUUCUGCCCACAUUACGAGAAAGUAAGUGGCGAUUAUGGACACCCCGUUUACAUCGUACAAGAAAUGCCGCCGCAAAGCCCAGCAAACAUCUACUAUAAAGUGUGAAAAUGGACACGCUUCUUUUGGACGUUUUAACUCCAACCCCCCACAUGCCCCUUGAAGAAACCCCCGUGGGCGGAAUCGAUGCCUGGGCUCACCCUCGUUCUGCCCGCUCUUAUUUUUUUUGUUGUUCUUUAUUUUACAAUAUUGCUGAUUAUUACUCUCAGUAUAGAUGUUGCUGAUGGUGGAGAGACUCUCCUGAUUUGCUGCUCUUGCACCUGCAAAAACGAAACAAACACAUAGAAAAUGACAAAAAAGAAAACAGAAACCCUCCGGGAGAUUGACGUGCACUACAACGGAUACUGUAGCAUGUGUACGAGGGAGUGUGUGUGAAUCAGACGAGCGGGGGAGAGGGGGUUUGAGGGGGUGGCCGUGAGAAGAGAGGUCAAGACAAUGAAUCUUUCCUCUUUUUUUCCACUACAUCAUCUCCCUUAAAGACACAACUCACGGAGAUGGAGAAGAGAAGUGACGUGACUGUACCACACAACAAGAACUAUGAACUAUGAUUGGCUGAUCCGUCUCAGAACAGGAAGUGAAUACAGCCUAUUGGCCAGAGCUACAGGAAGUGGAUUUAUCGAGGAAGCAGGAAGCUCUCCGGAGCCUACUGUUGGACAAUUGAAUGGACAUCAUCUGUUUUUGCACGUUCACUCGUACUAUUUUCAUUUACAUUAGCUCUCCUCAUUUGUUCACCACUACAAAAUGACUCACAAUGUUUACUUGAAGUCUUUUUGUACGGUCUUGCGUCUCACAUGCAUUUCUUUUUGUCAUUCCCUGUGCAGUCCACUUGCAGAUUCAUUUGGUAGAAGACAUAGAGAUCAUUUUGUGCUGGUUUAUGUGCCGUUCAGUAGUAUGGAAGACACAUACACACAUUUCAUUUCAUAUACGUCUGCUGCCAGGGCUGGAGAAAUGAGACAAACAGAGAAAGAAGGAAGGAAAGAACGUCGAUAUUUGGUACAGUUGUUGUCCUGUUGCCUGCUGGGAAGGUGGAGGACCCACAUGAACACUUUAGCAGCACUUUGAAAGCCUCACCACCUUUCCCAUGUGGCGUACAAACUCAAGAAAACACAUUAAGACAGAGAUCGCAGAGAGCAAAUUACUCAAGAUGUAAUAGCAAAAUCUGUCAUUUUUGACACGAAAUGGCCACCUUCCCCAGGCAUGUCGCUGCAAAAGUUACUGUUAUUCUAGUAUUUCUGCCAUCACACACUCACACACGCACAUUCUCGUUCACCAGUGGCCUGUGCAGAUUGUGAAAAAGAGGAACUGGUGCUCUACGUUUUUGUUCAAAAGCACAGGGACAUCAAGAUAUAAUUGUUUAGUGUUAAAUUAAACAAAAGAUUUAAUUAGCAUUUCUUCAUAGAUUUGUUUAGCUGUAGAUGAAAACGGCCAGAAAGACUCCAAGUAGACUUUAUUUAUGAUACCAUACAGACAGGUUGGUGUGAAACAGCAAGAAUAUGAAUAAUUUAUGGCGAAUCUGCACAUUAUGCAAGCUUCAAAUUUUCCUAUUCGUUGACAGAUAUUUCUCCAUCUUGCUGUUAGCUUUUUCCAUCGAUCCCCUACAUGAAUAGCUGCCUUUUGACGA